GCCUCCAAGCGGCAGCUUGUGGCAUUGCAUGCUUUUACCAGGUCCGUUACGUCACCAAACUGCGACAUAUCGAGGAACAAGCGCCACAUUUUUGAUGCGCCAAAUUAUUUUGGCAUUUUCAGCUUUACGGCACAUUUCUUUAGUGUAACACAUUUGAGGCUCACAGUACGAAUAACGUUAAUGUACCAUGAGUUUAUUUGGUACAACCUCCGGGUUUGGGGCAGCAGGGACAGGUGUCUUUGGAAAUGCAACAACAGACAGCCAUAAUCCCAUGAAGGAUGUUGAAGUGACUUCACCUCCAGAUGACAGCAUCAGCUGUCUGGCUUUCAGUCCCCCCACCAUGCCAGGGAAUUUCCUCAUUGGAGGUUCCUGGGCCAACGAUGUCCGAUGCUGGGAGGUUCAGGACAAUGGGCAGACUGUCCCCAAAGCCCAACAGAUGCACACAGGUCCCGUGCUGGAUGUAUGCUGGAGUGAUGAUGGGAGUAAAGUCUUCACAGCGUCCUGUGACAAAACAGCCAAGAUGUGGGAUCUUAACAGCAAUCAAGCUAUGCAGAUUGCACAGCAUGACGGUCCGAUCAAAGCAAUCCACUGGAUAAAAGCCCCGAACUACAGCUGUAUCAUGACAGGCAGUUGGGACAAAACACUGAAGUUCUGGGACACCCGCUCUCCCAAUCCCAUGAUGUCUCUGCAGAUGCCAGAGAGAUGCUACUGUGCAGAUGUUGUGUAUCCCAUGGCUGUGGUUGCCACAGCUGAGAGAGGCCUCAUAGUGUACCAGCUGGAGAACCAGCCCUCUGAGUUUCGCAGAAUAGAUUCUCCUCUCAAACAUCAGCACCGCUGUGUUGCCAUCUUCAAGGACAAGCAGAACAAACCCACUGGCUUUGCACUGGGAAGCAUUGAGGGCCGAGUGGCCAUCCACUAUAUCAACCCUCCAAACCCAGCCAAAGACAACUUCACCUUCAAGUGUCACAGGUCGAAUGGAACUAACACAACCACUCCACAGGAUAUCUAUGCUGUGAAUGCCAUCUCCUUCCAUCCUGUCCAUGGCACACUGGCUACUGUGGGCUCAGAUGGUCGCUUCAGCUUUUGGGACAAAGACGCCCGCACCAAGUUGAAGACCUCAGAGCAGCUCGACCAGCCUAUUACAGCUUGCUGCUUCAACAGCAAUGGCAACAUCUUUGCAUAUGCCUCCAGUUACGACUGGUCGAAGGGCCAUGAGUACUACAACCCCCAGAAAAAGAACUACAUCUUCUUGAGGAACGCUGCCGAGGAGCUGAAGCCUCGGAACAAGAAAUGAUUCGUCGUGCCAAGUCGCAUCUCUUGUGUGGAAAUGCGGAAGACCUGCUGCUUAAAUGUGUGUAUACGCUCGAAACAGACUCCUUCCUUUCGGCAAACACCUGGACCAAUGCUGUGGUGCUGCGUACUGUGCAUGGACCAAUCAGAGGGGCCUACCCAACCUGGCGUUGAUGACAGCUGCGUGACAAUUGGUCGUAGAGGUCAUCAUAGAAAGGGAGGGCUUAAUUUGUCAUUUUUGAUGUUUCAAAUCUUGUGUCCAGCUCCUCUUUUUUCUUUUUUUUUUUUUUUUUUUUUUUUU